AUCAAUGAGAAACCGUAUAUAUUAUAUACAUGAUAUUUACUGCGUUCUUAAUCGAUCUGAUGCAUACAAAAACCUAUUAUAAAUGAAAAUCUUGAAAGAAAACAAAUAUUACAAACACCACAUGUUGAUUGACAUAAGUCACUAUAGAUAUGGUACUGGAUUUCAUGCUAACCAUGCGUUAGCUGUGCGGCUAUCGUUUCUUUGAAAGUAAUAUCAGUCAUUACAACGAUCACACACACACACACACAUAUAUAUAUAUAUAUAUAUGUAUAUGGGAUCAUGUUAUGGUAACCACUGGCCGGUGAGCUGUGCAGCCAUCAUUUCUUCAUAGACUACCUGUGACUACAACAGCCAAGUGAAACUUAAAGCUACGAGCGGCAGUUUAGGAAAAUAUUCCGACUUCCAGCUAGCUAGCUGCCUGAUUAAGAUGGACACAAAGAGUAUUGCUUUUUCUGCGGAUGUUCCUCUUCCUAAGUUGCUUGACAAACAUAAUUAUGCGGAAUGGGCGAUUCGGGUGCGAACCUAUUUGAAGAGUCGAGAUCUUUGGGAAGACAUCAUUAACGUUAGCAAAAACGCAGCACCUUCUGGGCAAGAAAAUGAUGAAGAUGCUAUCAACGUUCCGAUCAGGAGGAAUUACAUGGCUUUAGAUGCGAUCCAGAUGUCAUGCGGGCCAGACGCAUUUUCUGAGAUUAGGAACUCUUGUUCAGCCCAUACUGCUUGGCAAACAUUGAUGAAGAAGUAUGAUACGGAACAAUACCAUCUUAAGAAAAAAAGAAAAAAGGAAAUUGAUAAUAGCUAUCUUCAGUAUGCGGACUUGUACAAGGCUGUGCUUCGUGGUAAAUUGAAAGCUGCAAAGGAGUUUCUUGAUUCUCAACCAGAGGCAGUAAGAAAGGCAAUCACACAUAAAGGCGAAACGGCUCUUCAUAUUGCUGUUACUGCUGGACAUGCCCACAUAGUCAAGGAGUUGGUGGAUCAACAUCAUCAAGAUGAUCAAGAUGGUGACGGUUGCAGAGCUCGAAUGACGAAAGAAGACUUGGGAAUUGAAGAUGGUGAUGGUUGCACAGCUCUAAUGAAGGCUCUUGAGUAUGGAAGAUCCGAACUGGCGCGCUAUUUGUAUACUCGCACUCCGUUGAAGGAUCUGAUGCCUGCAGAAAAAGAUAAAAAAGGAGCUAUGCUUCUUACCCGUGCAAUAUAUUCAAAAAAUUUGGAACUUGCUUUGGAUUUAAUCUGGAGGUUCCCACAUUUGACAUAUGCUCUUGACGAUCACGGCGAGUCCCCGUUCUUAGCAUUGGCUUCUAUGCCGCAUGCAUUUCCGAGGGAAAAUCAGCUCGUGUUUUGGAAACAAUGGAUCUACGAUCACUGUAUACGUAUUGAUCAGUCGGCUAGUUCCACCUAUGAAAUUCGUUUGAACAUUAACAGCCAUCUAGGUACAACGCAAUCAGUGCCAGCAAAAUCAAUUGUCAGCAACUUGUUGGGAAUCGAGCAAUUAUAUGACAUGAAGAAGAUCCAUAGCCAAUCCAAAGAACUUCUUUCUAGCAUGUGCGAGGUGAUACCAACAAUCUCCCAAACUCUACAACUUACAAGUGGUGGGGUUUAUGAUGCAAUCAACCGUGCUGUCAAAAAUGGGAUUUUCGAGUUUGUUUCUGAAACAUUAAGCAAGGAUCCGAGAUUUUUGGAGAAGGAAGAUACAAAUUUGAGAAACAUACUUAUGCUUGCUGUUCUAUAUCGACAUUCUAAGAUCUUUAGCCAUAUACAUGGGCUUGAUAAGAAUAAAGCUUUGACAUUUUAUAAAGAUCGCAAUGAUGAUAACGUGUUGCAUAUGGCAGCGAUAGUAGAAGAUUCCACUAGGCUUGAUCGAAGCUCUGGUGCAGCUUUACAAAUGCAAAGAGAGUUACAAUGGUUUAAGGAGGUGGAGGAAAUUGUCAGUCUCAAUAUUAAAGAAGGUACUAACAAAGAUAAUUUAACUCCACGACAACUAUUUACAAAGAACCAUGAGGACAUGAUGGAAAAGGGAGAGAAAUGGAUGAAAGACACAGCAUCAUCAUGUACAGUGGUGGGUGCUCUGAUUGUUACCAUUAUGUUCACUGUAGCUUUUACCGUUCCAGGUGGUUACAACCAAAAUUAUGGCUUUCCAAUAUUCUUAAAGAAAAAAUUGUUUAUGCUCUUUAUAAUAACCGAUGCGUUGUCCCUCUUUUCUUCCUCAACAUCGGUCUUGAUGUUUUUGGGAAUUCUCACAUCACGUUACGCAGAAAAAGAUUUUCUUAAGUCUUUGCCGAAAAAGAUGAUUAUAGGCCUUUCCGCCCUUUUCUUAUCUAUUGCAACCAUGAUGAUAGCCUUUUCUGCCGCUCUUUUAAUCAUGCUAAGUGACCAAUUACAGAUUGCAAUUCCUCUCAUUUGUUUGACUGGUGUUCCAGCAUUCAUCUUCGUAUGGAUUCAGUUCCCCAUUCUUAAAGAUAUGUUCAUGUCGACCCUUUUCCCACGCAUCUUGAAUAGGAAGAUGAAGCCUUGAGUUUAAGUAAUCCAUUGUGCAAUAUGUUGUUUUGCAAUAUAAACUUGGGAUCUCUUCGGUGGCUGGCAACGCAAGAGAUUGCAUGCUUCUAGGCUACAAGGAAGAAGGCUUCAAGUUUGUGCCGCUCAAAAGAAUAGAGAUUCAUAACUUUUUUCAUUAUCUCAGAAGUUUAGGGGCUUGAGAGAAAAUUGAAAGAUUUCUCAUUUGGUAGAAAUUUGUGUUUAGUGUGUUUUGUAUGACAUGGAUGUAUUGAGACUUUAGGUUUUAGCGUUUUUGUUAUAACUACUACUCUUUUAAUUUCAAUUUUUUGUUAGUAUAUUUCAUUAUUUCUUCCUGUU